AUGUUGGAGAGAUUUGGUAUGGAAAAUUCCAAACCAAGCCCAGUGCCUAUUAAUAAAGGCGAAAAGUUGAGCCAAUCACAAUCUCUGAGGAAUGAAAUUGAAAGGGAGUAUAUGAAAGCAUUUCCGUAUGUUUCACUAAUUGGGACUUUAAUGUAUGCUCAAGUCCGUACCAGACCUGAUAUAGCAUAUGUUGUGGAAUUAUUGGAGAGAUUUCAAGCUAAUCCAGGAAUGGAACAUUGGAGAGCUGCAAAGAAAGUAUUGGGAUAUUUUCAAAGAACUCAAGAUUAUAUGCUCACAUACAACAAAUCCGAUCUCUUGGAGAUAGUUGGAUACUCAGACUCAGAGUUUGCGGGAUGUCCAGAUAGUAGAAAAUCAACAUCAGGUUAUAUUUUUCUACUAGCUGGUGGUGCAGUCUCGUGGAAAAGAUCGAAACAAAAAAUGACAGCUGCUUCAACAAUGGAGGUUGAGUUAUUAGCAUGCUAUGAUGCAGUUACACAGGCUAUUUGA